CUGGGUUCUGCAUGGUCUAUAGGAAGCAAAACCUUUUAUCUGCUCCUUAUGGCUUGGCCUUCUGGUUCAUUAAUGUCAACCAUCAGUUCGCCCAACUUCCAUUAUUAACCCCAUCUAGAACGACGUGAAACUUGAAAUGGGUUCGUCUGGUGUCUUGAGGCCCUGCUGGCCUUAUAUGCAAGCCAUGGAGAAGGUUGGGGCGCUGGGAAUGACUCUCCGCAACCAACACACACAGGCAGACUUCGCCGGUUCGAAUCCUCCGCCUAGAAGCGCCGUCUAUAAGGUUGUUCCCGGCCUCUAGCGGCCUUCGGCAGUGCUGCAGCUUUAAGAGAGGGGCGGGGCCCGGGUGCAGCCAAGGCAGGGCCAGCCCACAAGGCUCCUUUUCCUUUUUGAUCCAUUCAAAAAUUACUCAUUGCAAAUUCCCGGACUGCUAGGAGAGGAGAAGGAAGGGGGCGGAGAAGAGAGGGCUGCUGCAGGCGCCGCGCUGGGGGCACCAGGGGGCCCGAGCAGCUGACGGCUGGUCCGGCAGAAGCAGCUCGCGGGCCGUUCUGGCACCGGUGGCCUCACCAGGAAGCGUCAGUCUCGACACUGGGGAAGCUCCGAACGCCGCCUCCCCCGCCGCUGCCGCCGCCGCCGCCUCCCGCCCAGCUCCCGGUCCCCGAGCCCGUGCCCCUGCCCCAGGCCGGCUCCCUCCUCCUCCCGGACGCUUCGGCUCGGGUGCCUUCCCCGGCGAUGGCUGGCCGCUGAGCCAUGGCUCAGUACGGCCACCCCAGCCCGCUCGGCAUGGCCGCGAGAGAGGAGCUGUACAGCAAAGUCACCCCGCGGAGGAACCGCCAGCAGCGCCCUGGCACCAUCAAGCAUGGAUCGGCGCUGGACGUGCUCCUCUCCAUGGGGUUCCCCAGAGCGCGCGCACAAAAAGCCUUGGCAUCCACAGGAGGAAGAAGUGUUCAGGCAGCAUGUGACUGGUUGGUUAUUCUCCCACGUCGGUGAUCCCUUCCUGGAUGACCCUCUGCCCCGGGAGUACGUCCUCUACCUCCGCCCCACUGGCCCCUUAGCACAGAAGCUCUCCGACUUUUGGCAACAGUCGAAGCAGAUCUGCGGGAAGAACAAGGCACACAACAUCUUCCCACACAUCACCCUCUGCCAGUUCUUUAUGUGUGAGGACAGCAAGGUGGACGCCCUGGGGGAAGCCCUGCAGACCACCGUGAGUCGCUGGAAGUGUAAGUUCUCAGCCCCGCUGCCCCUGGAGCUCUAUACCUCCUCCAACUUCAUUGGCCUCUUCGUGAAGGAAGACAGCGCAGAGGUCCUCAAGAAGUUUGCCGCUGAUUUUGCUGCAGAGGCGGCAUCCAAAACCGAAGUACAUGUGGAACCUCAUAAGAAGCAGCUGCAUGUGACCCUGGCUUACCACUUCCAAGCUAGCCACCUACCCACCCUGGAGAAACUAGCCCAGAAUAUUGAUGUGAAACUAGGGUGUGACUGGGUGGCUACCAUAUUCUCUCGGGACAUCCGAUUUGCUAACCAUGAGACAUUACAGGUGAUCUACCCUUACACGCCACAAAAUGAUGAUGAGCUGGAGCUGGUCCCUGGGGACUUCAUCUUCAUGUCUCCCAUGGAGCAGACCAGCACCAGCGAGGGCUGGAUCUAUGGCACAUCCUUAACUACCGGCUGUUCGGGACUCCUGCCCGAGAACUACAUUACCAAGGCUGACGAAUGCAGCACCUGGAUCUUUCAUGGUUCUUACUCGAUCUUGAAUACAUCAUCUUCCAAUGCUCUGUCAUUUGGUGAUGGCAUAUUGGAGAGGCGACAGUAUGAGGACCAGGGCCUGGGGGAGCCAACUCCCCUGACUAUCAUCUGCCAGCCCACGCAGGCUCUGAGAGUCAAUAGCCAGCCUGGCCCUCAAAAGAGAUGCCUCUUUGUGUGUCGGCACGGUGAGAGGAUGGAUGUUGUGUUUGGGAAGUACUGGCUAUCCCAGUGCUUUGAUGCCAAAGGCCGCUACAUACGCACCAACCUGAACAUGCCUCACAGUUUACCUCAGCGGAGCGGUGGUUUCCGGGAUUAUGAGAAAGAUGCUCCAAUCACCGUGUUUGGAUGCAUGCAAGCAAGACUAGUGGGUGAAGCCCUAUUGGAGAGUAACACCAUUAUUGACCACGUCUACUGCUCCCCAUCCCUGCGCUGCGUUCAGACUGCAUACAACAUCCUGAAAGGUUUACAACAAGAAAAUCACUUGAAGAUCCGUGUAGAGCCAGGCUUAUUUGAGUGGACAAAAUGGGUUGCUGGGAACACGUUACCUGCGUGGAUACCUCCAUCAGAGUUAGCUGCAGCCAACCUGAGUGUUGAUACAACCUACAGACCUCACAUUCCAGUCAGCAAAUUAGUGGUUUCAGAAUCCUAUGACACUUAUAUCAGUAGAAGUUUCCAAGUAACAAAAGAAAUAAUAAGUGAAUGUAAAAGUAAAGGAAAUAACAUCCUGAUUGUGGCCCACGCGUCUUCCCUUGAAGCGUGCACCUGCCAGCUUCAGGGCCUGUCACCUCAGAACUCCAAGGACUUUGUACAGAUGGUCCGAAAGAUCCCAUAUUUGGGGUUUUGUUCCUGUGAAGAAUUAGGAGAAACUGGAAUAUGGCAGCUGACGGACCCACCCAUCCUUCCUCUUACUCAUGGACCAACUGGGGGCUUCAACUGGAGAGAGACCUUGCUGCAAGAAUAAACCACACAGUGAACGAGAAGAGAAGGCUUUAGAAAGCCUUUGGGAGAAGUGUCUUUUCAUGUGUUUUAGUAACAGUGGAAAAUUCUGCACCACAUUCUAAGCGGACAGCUCAGAAUAAUUGAGCAUGUUUCCUUUCAUGCUUUAAAGCUCUUCUAAUGAGACUGUGUGAAUGAGAGAAAGACUUGAUUCAGGGAUAAAAUGCAUUCUCUCUGGACUCUUAACAAGGCUUUCGAGAAUUGUCUUCCGAAAUCGAGGCACCUGCCACAGCAGAGAAUGUGCUCUUCCUUCCAUCUAUGCAUGGCUAAGGAGCCUGAGUCCUCCCAAAGGGAGAUGCCAGCCCAUUCUGAGGAAGGAGCACGUCCAGAAUCCAGCUGGGGGGACACUGGGCUGCCAGUUUGGUGAGGGGAUUUUCUUUUGAACUCCAUGUUCCAGUUAGGCAAAGCCAAGCUGAAGAAUUCUUUUAAGGUUACUGGAAAACAUGCCCCCACAGCGAGUUGUUCUUAGGUUACACAUCGAAUUCUACCCUCAAGGUGACCCAUAUACACCAAUGCUGCUGGCUCGACACCUGCUUGAAGACGCUACCGUUUACCCUGGUACCGCCACAUUUUCUCUAGAGCAGCUGGCUACGGCUUUUUGCUACAGCCUUUCCCCCUUGCUUCUAUGUGUGAAAUGGGGAGACAAAGCACUUUUGGAUACUCAGGAGGAAGAUAAAUGUGUGAAAUAUUCAGUUGUAGGAGCAAAGAAUUUGCAAAAUAGAAAGUGACCUGGAAUCAUGUGUGUUGUAGCCUAACGAGCCACAGCACUUCUAAAUCACCAUGAUUUGCUCGUCUUUGCCCCUAGAGGCUGGGCUAUGUUAACUAGUUAAGGAUGUUGACAUUUUGAAAGGACGUAUGUUAGAUGCAUUAUUUGAGUUAGCAAGAAGCUCAUUCUUGUGCAAUAUGGACAUCUUUACAAACCAUACCAAGGGUGAGGUCGUUGUACACUUACAGUACGUGUCAGUCACCACAGAACAUCCACAAAUGCAUCAGCUGUACCAGGGAUGUAUAAUGAUGUCAGGGAACUAAUUGAAAUGAUAACAGUCACGACUGCACUGCUGCUUGUGCUGUCGUUUUUAUUUGUGUGUUUGUUUUUCUACGAUAAUUUAAAAUAUGCAGGUAGGGCUACUCGAGGAGAGUUGAGAGAGCUACAUCCUGUGGUCUCUUAUCAUACCUACUUCCUGAAUUUAGAGGCAGUUAAUUUAAAAGAAAAAUCAGUGACAAUCAAACCAAAAACAUCAGUUAUCAAUGUCUGUUUAAUUGUGUGACUAGCUGACUGUUGACAGCAACAGACAACGGUCUGGUAUGGAAUCGUUCACUGUGUAGAAUAUGUGUGCAAAAUGAAAUCCCAGGCAUUUAAAGGGAACAUUAGUGUAAAACAAAUCAAUAUACAUUGUAGCAUUGAAUAAGCUUCAAAACCCAGAUACAUAAAACAUAUGGCAUAUAAAAAUGGAUCUGUGCUCCUAUUUGAAACCAGAAUUUGAUGAUCCCUGAAAAGAAGAGGAAGUGAAAGGAUGCUGGCUAUGUAUACUAAUCAGCAAGAGGAUUCUAGUUGGGGUUUUUUUAAGUCAAAGAAAUAUGUCAUGAAUUUUACAUUUGAAGAAUCAAAUGUUGAUUUCUUCUAGCGUAGCAUUGCACAAACAUUGAUCCAGCUUCUGAGUACAGAAAUAACUCUGUGCUGACAUCAUUGAGUAAUACACAGGUUUCAACCUUAAAAUGGGAGAAAUAUUCCCAUUAAAAGUUUUAAGAGAAAAAUCACAUUACAGCUAAUGUAAUGUCACUGCCAUUCAUUCUUUUAUCUAUAGCGAAGUGAAUCCACUGUUUAAUCAGAUCUAUAAUGUUUAGUGGUUCUCCACAAAUAUUCCUGGACUUUCAGCGCUCAGAAUAAUGCUGGAAGCUCUCAUCCGAUUUCUGUGAAAACUGUAGCAGUGUGUACAGAAGAAAGUUCAAAUAGGUUAGCCUCUCCCUCCCUCUCAGUUGUCUUAGUCCUAUGGUGACCUGAUAGAUCAGCUUAGCUGGGGUACAAUCCAUUGUCCUUCGUCCAAUAUGGACAGAGACUUAGGCUGCUGUCUAUAUGAGCAAAAGGAGGCAGAGAUCUGAAAUAAUUUUCUGAAUAAUUUAGGUGGAAAACCCUGAAUAAAACAGUUUAUUCCUCUGCUUUAAUUAUCCGGAUUGUUUAUUAAAAUGGCCUGAAUGAUCUGAAUUCAUAUUAAAUCCUCUUUUCACCUCCUUAAAAACUAAGCUUGGACUCCAACUGAGGAAAUUCUUUGGAAGUCAUGUUGAAUUUCUGUGUAAUUAAAGGAACAGACAGCUAUAUCACAUGAUUUCAUAUUCAUCCAAAAAUUCUAGGUUGAUAUUCCAAGUGAAGUUCAGGCUAGUUCUUUUGGAUCUGAGGCUGAUGCCUAUUAAGAACAAAUAUUGGUGGGGGAAGGGGUAUAGGGGAGAAAGAAGGAAGAAAGGAAGAGAGGAGGGAAGGAAGGAAGGAAGGAAAUGCCAGAUAAGAGGAACCAAAUGGUUUCUUGUAGAGAGGAAUUUUUUUAACGUAGAAAAUUACCUGAAACAAACUGAGAUGAAAUUAACUAAAAGAUUUAAUCUGGGAUUGAAAGUCUGAAACAGUUUGCUGCUUGUACAAGUGCCACGUCAAUCUGCUAAUGCCCCAGUAUUAUUCAUAGAUAGGACUUUGGUUUCGGUGAUUUUAAAAUGCCACAUCUAUUCCUCUGUGGACUAGAAUAAUUGGCACAUUUUAAUGCACAAGCUAGGGGGGUCAAUUUCCCAAGCUCUCUUCUCCAUCACUGCAUUGGUAGCUAGGAGCUUAUUGCUUCACCCCAGUAUGGAGUUCAGAAUACAGUGUUUCCAUUACAUUUAGAUUCAUAGAAUCUGAAUGGCUGAUUAAAUGGCCAUCUGAUGGCUGAAAGAGGGGGGGUAUUCUUCACCCUAUAGUGAAAGGCUUGGAGGAGUUUCUACUUUUUAUUUGAAUUAUACUUUAACCAAAGAAUUAUUUUAAAAUAACCUUAUAUUUGAAAGAUGAUUUUGCAAAAAAUAAAAAUAAAAAUAAAAAAAAUCUUCUGGAGUGAUGUCGGUUUGGUAAAUCAUUGUUGAUAAUUUUCUUGCAUUUUAGGCCGAUGCGGUCAUUUUCCUGUCAGUGGUGUUUGGAAUACACGUAGAUUGUCAUCCAGCUGUGCUUAGCAUUGCCAUCAAUGUAUCUUUUCCACUCAACUAGCUGUGUUCGUAUUAAACGAAGUCUUUUAUUUCCAUUACCUAGUGUCAUUGGGAACUAAUUGAAGAGCUACAAUAAAGAGAAGUUCCUAUCUCAUUGCCUUUGCAGAAAGGCGUCCCUGUGUAGCAAAAAGGGAGGCAUUCCUCCGAAACCUAGGCACUCCGCAACUCCAGUGUUUAAUUUGCAAGCAGUGAUGAAUUGCUCUUUUGAAUUUACUCUAAGUGAUGUGUGUGUUAGAAUACAGAUGAACCGCCUUUAAUUUUCACAGGCACAGUCACAACUGUACUGUGUCUGCACGAACUUCUCAGAUAAUGAGGCGCAGGGUUAUUUGCAUUUAAAUUGAAGUCCCGCACACGUGUGAGAACGAAGAGGCGUUAGUCGGUUGCCUGCCUUGCUAGGAGAGAUGAAACUGGCGGAGGAGGGUGGGGAAAAGAGCGAUUUAACAUCUAUUUAGGUUAAUAUUCACUUUACAAAGGUGAUGGGGGAUAUUUUAUAGGUGAGGGCAGAUGCUUUUCAUGUUUAAACAUAGGAUUAAAAUUGGAUUUGCUUCUCUUUAAUACUUCAAAAUAUUGAAUUUUCCUAGGAAAGUGACUAGCUAUAACAAAAAUUCAAGGGGAUGAAAAAAAUGGCCUUUAAAUACAGAAGAAAUAACCUGAUUUUUAAAUACAUAUAAUAUUAUGUUCAGUGUAUGUAGGUUUAAAAUUAUAGUGAUGAGUAGUCAAACCUAAUAUACAAUCAGUUCUUACAAAUGUUUUCCCAGUACCAAUUAGCUGCCAUUACACAAAAAUUUGGAAUUUUGUAGCUGUUCAACUAUUCUUGGACUCUGUACAGGAUACACAUGUAUAAUGGGAAAUGUGUCUGGUUCUUUGAUUGCCACUCAAGAUGGGAACACCAUCCUGAAGCAUUUUCGUUAUGCAUAGACCAUUCUAAACCUACUGUUUUGGGAGGUAUAUUGGUUUCUUUCUCAUUUAUAAGGCUAUUGUAUCAUUUUUUUCUAUGUGAUUGAGGUGUAUUUAUUUGAAGAAAAAGUUUUGUAAUUAUAAAAAAGAAAACCACACCUAAUUGUAUUGCCAAAUUCCUUGUAAACUACCUGUGGCAUUUGUGUUUUCCUGGCUGCGUGCUCUUCCCCUAGAUACAGCUCUGGCAUCAUUGUAAUUAGUUCAUUCCAUUCUGUGAGCAUCUCCGUUUAAGUGGAUCAUAGACGGUUUAAUAAAGAGGAACUGUGUCCUCAGUCGAUCCAGAGCGAUCUCAU